CAUGGUGGGGGACCGUGUUUGAUAACGGUACUCCAUUGCCGGGCUACAUCAUCUCACAGCUUUGUGACACACCUGAAAGGAUGCUCCAGUCUUGAUGUGACAGACACAAAAACAGGAGGAGGCUGGAGGGAGAGGAGGAGGAGGAGAGAAGAGGACUAUGAGAUCUGGGUACCCACGUCCUACAUCCCAAAAAUGAUGAAGACGGAGGGUAAGACCCCAAGUGGGGGAACCAGGAGUUCCUCACCGCACAGAAAUGCCUAUGAGGUUGGGGUGCAAAAGCUGCGCACAGGUAAAGAUGGGGCGCCGGUUGCGGAAACCGAAGAAAUGCGCAAAUCCAGGUGUACAUACGGUUCCAAUGUGCACCGCAUCAAGAACAUGUUCCUGCAGAUGGCGACAGUCCCACCAGGUAACGAUAACGAACCUGUGAAACCAAAAGAGAAGCCAUCCCGACUGACAUUGCCGCGGGCCGGCAGUCUGAAUGAAAACGUCAACCAUAGCGCCCUGCUGAAGCUAGGAACCAGCGUUUCCGAAAGGGUAAGCCAUUUCGAUGCAUCGACAGACAAACCGGCCUCCAAAUUGCAAGAGGCACGCCGGGUGUUUGAGAGGAACCUACAAGAGAAGGAGACCACCAACAGGAUCUUCUUGCGUAAAGAGAGAGGUGGCUUCCAAGACCGCAAACUAGAUGUCGUGGUGAGGUUCGGUGGGAGUACAGAGUCCCUUGACAAAUUGGACACUGAUGCUGUCUCACCCACGGUCAGCCAGUUGAGCGCAGUUUUCGAGAACGCUGACCUCCGCAAUAACAUUCACAAGGUUCCCCUCAAAAGCCCAUCUAGCCGCAGGACGAGAGUUUUCCAGCCAGAAGCAACCAAUGACACCGAAGAGAAGAAACCCGCAUCUAAAACCGUAGAUGAUCCUCACCGGCCAACCUCAGUCCAGGAGAUUUGUAAAAUAAAGCCAGUGGAAGUGGAAGAAAGUGGUGAGUCAGAAACCGACGUGGUUAAGGAGGCAGAACCAGCAAAAGACGAAGGACCUGUCAACAACGCAACUGAAAAUGGUGGGACAGAAGCUAAGGGGGUAACGGCGCGGGAAGCGGAGCUGGAGGAACAAGUGGAAGCAGAAGCCGCAGAUGAAGAGUACAAGCGGGAAGACUGGUCCGAGGUUGAAGUAAUAGAACUGAGUGCCUACAGUGGACUAGGGGAAGAUUCAGGGGGUAGUGGUUUGGAUGAAGAUGAGGAUGGUUUUUAUGAACCGGUCAACAGUUGCAAAGAGAUUGAGGGCCUCUCCGAAGAGGAGGAACCUGCUCCUGCACGGAAAAUCCGGUUCAGCACAGCCCCCAUUAAGGUCUUCAGCACAUACUCCAAUGAGGAAUAUGACCGCCGCAACGACGAUGUAGACCCCAUGGCUGCCUCUGCAGAGUACGAGCUUGAAAAACGGGUCGAGAGGCUGGACCUCUUCCCUGUGGAACUGGAAAAAGACUCUGAAGGUCUUGGAAUCAGUAUUAUUGGGAUGGGAGCUGGUGCCGACAUGGGCCUGGAGAAGCUGGGAAUCUUUGUUAAGACUGUGACCGAAGGGGGAGCAGCCCACCGAGAUGGGAGGAUUCAGGUGAACGAUCUGCUGGUAGAAGUUGAUGGAACCAGUCUGGUUGGUGUCACACAGUCCUUCGCCGCUUCUGUUCUGAGGAAUACAAAGGGACGCGUAAGGUUCCUGAUUGGGCGAGAGAAGCCUGGAGAGCAGAGUGAGGUGGCCCAGCUGAUCCAACAGACACUGGAGCAAGAGAGAUGGCAGCGGGAGAACAUGGAACAGCGCUACAACCAGUGUAAUGAGGAUGAUGAGGAAACAGGGGAGUAUGCCACAGACGAGGAGGAUGAAGAGAUGAGCCCCAUGUUUCCAGGUGGAGAACUUGCCAUUGAAGUAUUUGAAUUACCAGAAGGAGAAGAUGCCUUGUCCCCUGUGGAGAUGGACCCUGAGAAACUCGUGCACAAGUUUAAGGAGCUUCAAAUAAAGCAUGCCGUGACCGAGGCAGAAAUCCAACAACUGAAGAGGAAGCUGGCUGGCCUGGAACAAGAGCGAUCUCGCUGGAGAGUGGAGAAGGUGCAGCUGCAGCAGAGUGUUCAGGAGAACAGGGAGCGCGUGGAGAAGCUGCAGGGCUACUGGAUGGAAGCUCAAAGUCUUUGUCAGGCAGUUGAUGAGCAUCUGAAGGAGACCCAAGCCCAGCACCAGGGGCUGGAGCGCAAGUACAGCAAGGCCAAGAGGCUCAUCAAGGAGUACCAGCAAAAGGAGCUGGACUUUUUGAAGAAAGAAGAGAUUCAAAAGCAGGCACUGGAAGAGACAGAGACUGCACAGGCUGCGGAGAUCCAGAGACUUCAGGAAAAGGUCACUGAAUUAGAGAAGAAACUUGUGACCCUUCAGUGCCCUACUCCUCCAUAGAGUAUACAUUACAGAAAAUAGGGAAUGUUGGGCCCAUGGUGGCUUCUGGUUGCCCACCAGUGCAGGAUCUGUGUCACCAGUGAGGCCUGCCCCCCCCCCCUCUUAUCUUACUUAAUACUCCAAUGAUUCAACGGGGGUGAAGUCUUACUCGCAUCUGGACGUGUGAUUGUGGUUCUCUGUCAACAUCUAACCGGACAACGGUGGGAUUCCAGCUGGUUGUGUCGUGACUGCAGCUCUGUAGCCUGUGUCUAUGUAUUUGUGUGGGCCUUAGGCUCAUGUAUUCCUGGUGGACCUUGGAAUGUGCCACAUGGCAAGAUAUUGUAUUCAGUGACCCCACUGGCUGUAUCUUUUAAGGACUUUGAAAUGAUUGGGAUCCUUUGCCCCCUGGUGGCCUAGACAAUGACUGUGGCCUCUUCUCCUGGAUUUUGCGUGUACCUGUGCUGUGUUUGUGCUGGUGGUCUCUGUCUAAUACCUGCCCUUGGCAUCUCAAGGAAAGUAUGUACCAUUCACUCUUCCUCUGUUCCAAGCUUUCUUUUAACAGUAGUGACUCCCUUCCGUUUUCUGCUUGCAUACAGCAGGAGCAAGGUUGUGAUGGAGCUGCCAUCUUGUUGGUUAUCAAAUUGUUUUUUCUUUUUUUGUUAUGAAGCAAACACAUCACUGGACCUCAUUUAUCAAGGUGUUCGGAAUACAAAUUACUUGCUGGCAACCAGUCAGCCUUUUCCUUAUUUUUCCAUUUUAAGCUGGAUGGGUUUGGUAGUUCUGAAAAAUUUACAUAUUUUAUAAUAGAUGCCUUGAUAAAUUAGGUCCACUUUGGUGUAAACCUGAGACCGGCCACACUUGGCUUUAACAGGUGGAUGCUGCUGGUGACUCAGUAUUCCACUGGCUGUAUCUACCUUCUGAAGUAUGCUCUUAUACCACCCCGUUUUUACCCAUGGAUCCCAUUGCAAUAGGAAUCCAAGGUAAGCAGACCUGGUGACUGGGCUGUAGAGAUCUAAAAAAAAAGAAUCUGCCGAGUAAUCUACUGCAAAUGGCAAUUUUUGGUGGACUAACCCUUUAUUAUACCGUCUAAGGAAUUUACUAAAAUUCUGCUUCAGCCCACAAGAUGGCUUUCUCCAAAGUGUACAAACACUUAGUACACUGUAAUGAAAUACAUAGUGGAUAGCUGAGUAACUGAGAAAUUUACAUAAGGUAAGGUGUAUGAAUCUGACUGUAUGAAUGACUGUGUUAGCCAAAUUCACCUACUAGGACCUACCAAACAUCUAGGAACUGCUAGGAUCCAACCAAAUCUGGCCUUCACAGACUAAACCACACUUUCUAUUACCCUUUCCUAUGUUAUGCUCUCAAAAUUAGACCUGACCUAGUCUUAUAAUCAAAGUAGCUUUGCUGUUUUUCAGUAGAGCUUGGGUUCAUCUGGGGAACCCAACAUCUAGGAACCAAUCAAAUUUGGCUUUCACAGACUAAACCACACUUUCUAUUACCCUUUCCUAUGUUGUGCUCUCAAAAUUAGACCUGGCCUGGUCUUAUAAUAAAAAUGGCUUUUGUUGUUGUUCAGUAUAGUUUGGAUUCAACUGGAGAACCCAACAUCUAGGAACUGCUAGGCUCCAACCAAAUUUGGCCUUCACAGACUAAACAAUGCUUUUUAUUACCCUUUCUUAUGUUGUGCUCCCAAAAUUAGACCUGGCCUAGUCUUAUAAUCAAAAGUGGCUUUGCUGUUUUUCAGUAUAGUUCAGGUUCAUCUGGGGAACCCAACAUCUAGGAUCCAACCAAAUCUGGCCUUCACAGACUAAACCAUGCUUUUUAUUACCCUUUCCUGUGUUGUUCUCCCAAAAUUAGACCUGGCCUAGUCUUAUAAUAAAAAUGGCUUUUGUUGUUGUUCAGUAUAGUUUGGGUUCAUCUGGAGAACCCAACAUCUAGGAACUGCUAGGAUCCAACCAAAUUUGGCCAUCACAGACUAAAACACACUUUCUAUUCUUUUUGGUGAUUAGGCCUGGUCUAGUCUUAUAUUUAAAGUGGCUUCUGAUGUUUUUUCAGUACAGUUUAGGUUAAUCUGGGGGAAAGGAGGGUUGGAGGGUCCAACAUUCUCUGACUCUGGUGUUAAAGUUUAAAAUAUCUUUCUUACAUAUAGAGGUCUGUAGGGCUUGACAAUUAUUGCAUGCUUAUCGGUGGAGAUACUGGUGAAUGCCACUGAAGUGGGCUUCUACCUGAAGGUGGGACACAUUUGAGCAUGUCUAACUAAAGCUUGGUUAGAACAUAUGGCCAGGAAUUGGGAUGCAAUCUCAGGUACUGUCUGGGCAUUAGGAGGUAGAACGCUGCAGGUGAUGGCAUUUUCAUUAUACACCACACAAGAUAGCCAUUCUUUGUAACAUGUGUAAAGUGUCCUUUGCACUACUAGUAUUAGUAUUGUAAUGUAACAGAAUAACAAAUAAAAAGUGAUAACUGUGAAUCAAAACCAGCAGCAAAACUGUUCACAAUACACAAAAUAGAAAUAAAUAAAAAGGUGAUCUCGCGCAGUAAUGUAUUAUCACCAAUAAAUGAUCAAAAUAAAAAAAA